AUGUCGAGUCCUCACCGCAGCGUCAAUGCCGCAGCCGCCGACAUUGACAGCUCUGCCAGCGAGCUAAUCGAGCCAGAGCCUGCAGCUCGACCAGCGCUCGCAUCCGGACGGCGGCCAGCAACAGACCUGGCUGCUGCAUCACUGCGCACAUCACCAACUCAUUCGUUCACUGCUGGGUCUCAGCGGCUCACCACCGAGCCUGUAGCGGAAUUGUCGUCUCUGCAAGCAAAAGUUAGCUCAUUGGAUCUGUCAAUCGCUCGACCAGAGUCUGCUGCUGUUCUCUCGCGGCCCGGUGCACGAGCGAGAGCGCGUUCAGCCAGUUUGGAGACUGUUGAGCGUCUUGCUCGCGCGCACAGACUGACUAGAAACGAGAAUGCUGGACGGCUGGCUGGUGAGGCGCGUCAUGCGAGUACGAGCGCAGCCCUGACCGCUGCGCAAGACCUGAGUGCAUCCCUCAGGGAUGCGAUCAACACCGAUCUGCCGCCUGCUGACGUCUCUGGCUCGCCUAAGCUCGAGAUCAGCAAGACGACCGAUGGCACUUCGUCGCCGCUACCCUCUUUCGAGAAUUGGUACGAUAGUAUAGUCAAGCUGGUCGACGACAAUGUCAAACAACUGAGGGGGAAACCCGAACCGGCAGACAUGCCCGUCGAAAGGCAAGAUUCGGUCAUGCAACUCCUUGCCGGCAAGCAAGCCGUGCGUGAGAGUACCAGCUUCGACGGCAAUUCGCUACUUAGCGAAGCCCUGCAGCGGUCGCCCGAACGAGCUGGCUUUGCAACUUUGGAAGCGCCGACGCCAACUUCACUAUGGCAAGCGCUUCUCGGCUCUGCUGAGAAUGAGAUCAAAGGCGAGUCCGAUCAUACCCAGAAGCGCUACAUGGACGACGAGGACCAACAAGACGGAGAACCUGCCUGGUCGACCAUCAAGGAGCGCUACGAUAAGCCGCGCUACCCAAUGGUCUUUGCACAUGGUCUCUUCGGCUUUGACAAGCUAGGACCAAAGUCAAUUCCUCAUUUGCAGAUUAGCUACUGGCGCGGCGUCAAAGAGGCUCUGGAGGAGCUCGGCGUUGAGGUACUAGUGACCACUGUGCCUGCCUCGGCAAGCAUAGAAACUCGAGCGAGAGCGCUUGCUGCCUUUAUCGAAGAACACAUGAAAGGCCGGGAAAUCAAUCUCAUUGGACAUAGCAUGGGAGGACUUGAUUGUCGCUUCCUCGUCACGCAUCUACAGCCUACAACGUUCACAGUCAAAUCGAUCACAACGAUAGCCACGCCUCAUCGAGGUUCGCCGUUUGCAGAUUAUCUCUUACAUGACAUUGUCGGCAAGGACAACGUGCGAACGUUGCAGAAAUUGACAGACGCCGUCGGCAUACCCGGCAACGGAGAUGCAUAUGAGCAGCUUACGACAGGCAAGAUGGCCGCCUUUAACGAAGAGACGCCCAAUCGGGAGGAUGUGCAAUAUUUCAGCUACGGCGCUGCCUUCUCACCUGGAUACUUUGACAUCUUUCGCCUCCCUUGGUCCGUCAUCAACAGAGAAGAAGGUCCAAACGAUGGUCUCGUCUCUGUCUCGUCAUCCAAUUGGGGCAACUACCGCGGAACGCUAGAGAACGUCAAUCACCUCGAUCUUGUCGGGCAUCUUGGCAGGAUUCGCUAUGCAUUUGCUCAGUGGUCUGGGCACAAGAUCAAGUAUAAGCCUAUCAGCUUCUACUUGCACGUCGCAGAAAUGUUGCAUAAUCACAAUCUCUGAUCGCACAUCAGCAAAUGUUGUUGCUACUCUGCAUGCAAUGGUGCACAUCUAGCAUGUCU